ACGAUGUAUAUAGUUGUGCGUAGAACGUUGCCGCGCUUAUAACCGCGUCGUCGCGUGUAAUUAUAACAUUAAUACUAGCUGUUGAGCCCGAUUAGGACAUAUACCAGGUCCAACUUGGUGUAUUUUCUUAAAAGAGUCAUUUUUGUUUUCGAAUAUUUACCACGUGAAAAUUUGUGCGCGAAAAAGCGCAUAAUGUUAUAAUAGCAACACAUUAUUAUAACAUUAUUGGUUCAUCCAGAUAAAUAUUCAUCAAUUUAUCACGCAUUUUUUAAUAUGAUGGUUUUAACAUCGCACACUACGGUCACAACGUUUCUUGUGUGGAUCUUGUGCUUUUCAAGCACGCAGUGUGUCACCAUCAAAAAUCACCAGAAAAUCGGCAAAUGUACUUUUAUUGUCCAUCCCGUAUGUCCCGACCCUUCGAUUAAUCUUUAUUUGUACACCAGAGAGAACCGAAACAAUCCUCAAUUGGUCACGAUUGAAAAUAUUACAGAGUCAUACUACGUGAAGACUCUUGCAAAUAAGUUCAUCUUACACGGAUUUAACAGUAAUAUGAAGCUGGGUGUACUUCAAAACAUCAAAGACGAAUACCUAAUGCACUCAGACAUCAACGUCUGGAUGAUCGAUUACAGUGACGUUUCGGCCGGUCCCAGUGAGUGUUAUUUGGCUGCGGUGUACAACCUGCCAGCUGUGGGAAAGUGCGCUGCCCAGUUCGUUCGUAAAAUCAUUGAACUGUCUGAUGUGGAAAUGCCCGAAGACGUGAUGCACGUGAUUGGAUUCAGUCUAGGGGGCCAGUUGGCCAAUCAACUGGCCAUAAACCUGAAGCCCAUCAAGUUACCAAGGAUCACGGGACUAGAUCCGGCUCUGCCUUUGUUCUACAGCACGCACCUUAAUAGUAAACUGAAUCGAAACGACGCCGAAUUCGUUGACGUGAUACAUACGAACGCGUUAAUUCAGGGUCAGCUGGCGCCAUGCGGUGACGUAGACUUCUAUGUCAACGGUGGAUUAGCGCAACCUGGCUGCCACAACAUUUCAAACCCGAUCAAUUGUGAUCAUCACAUGGCUCCAACUUAUUUUGCCGAGAGCAUCAGAUCGGUGUCAGGAUUUUGGUCAUGGCCGUGUCCGAGUGUGUUCGAUUACUUUUCUGGCAAAUGUCCCCGUCAAGGUGACCACAAGCUGAUGGGAGAGUGUGUGGACCACAGUGCCAGAGGUCAAUAUGUAUUGCACACGAACAGUGAACCGCCAUAUGCUCAAGGUGACUGGACACGGUGAACGUCAGAAACUUCGGAGAAAAACUAUGUCCUGCUGCCCCACCAUCACUGUUAUUAUAAUAUUCAAAUAAACCUAGCAACUCACACGCCACUGAAACACGAAAAUAGUUAUUAUACCAUUGCGUUUUUGUUGAAUAUUUUAUCAACUAUUGUUUUAUUUUUUAUUUAAAUGUUUAGUCCAAGUCCAAAACGAAUACAAUGCGAUAUAAUAUAAUGCAGUUUUGUUUCGUUUCUCUGUUAUAAAACAUGACAUUAAUAUGGUACUAUAUAGUGUACUAAUGAUUGAUAAUUAAUAGAAUUUAGGAAAUUUCAAUGAUAAAAAUGCGUAUCGUUAUAAACAAUAACAAUUUUUGUAAGUUUAAAACAAGGUUCUUCAUAAGUUAAAUCUACAUUUAAAAAUGUCGACUAUAUUAUGUAAGGUAGAUUUUUUUUUUAAACGUAUGUAAUUCAUAAUUUGAC